AUGGUCUUGGCGAUGUGCGCCGGGACGUUUGUGAUGACGAUGCAGUCGUGCGCGGCAUUGGCAUCGCUGGCGAUCUCGUUUCCGGACGGCCUUGGCGGGUUGUUCGCCGGGACACGGUUGUUCGCGUUGGACCUCAGGGCGCUCAGACCAGAGUGUUCUUUGGGCUCUUCCGUGAUCGCAAGCUAUGCGCUGAAAGUGGGGUUGCCUUGGUUCAUGUUUGGGUUGUUCGCCGUGCUGUGCCUUCUGAGCAAGCUCCUGCCGGAGCCGUUGCGAUGGGAGGCCACCAAAGCGUUCAACACCGUGUGCAAUUUCUUCCAGGCCGCAUUCAUCACAAUCAUCCUCACCGUAAUCGGGCCCUUCCGCACCUUUGAGCACCCCGGCAAGGGCGACCGCAGCAGCAUGCUUAGCAGCCCAGACAUCGACACCACGAGCGACACGUACGCUGGGCUCGUUGCCUUUGCAGUCUUUGGCCUCCUGCCUUGUUUCCUCUUCAUCACGAUGUAUGCGUUCUCGGUGAGGCAGUCGCCCGCAUGGCGCGAGGGCAACAUGACCAAGUAUCUGCAGGCCAUCAAGUUUGUGCUGUUCCGCUUCGAGGCCCACGCCUACUACUGGGGCUUGUGCUUUUUAGCGCGGUCAACGGCGGUGAGUAUAAUCACGUUGCUGCCCAACCCGUUCACGCAGUUGCUAUUGCUGUCGGUGGUGAUGGUAGUGUACUUGGUGGCCCUGUGCUUGGUUUGGCCCUGGAAGGCGCCGGUGGUGAACGCGCUGGACGCGCUGCAGACCGGGCUGCUGCUCGUCAUACUGCUGGCGGCCACCAGGCUCGUGGGCACGGACAACGGCGGCGAGGACUCCGAUGCCGUGACGGGCAUAAUCAGCACUUGCUACGUGGUGUUGUUGGUGGCUUUCGGCAUCGCCGGUGUCCUCGUAUUGCGCGGGAAGCUCGAUAUGGGUGACAAGACGGGUUCUGACAGCGUCCCCGAGAAGGACGGCGCCGAGAAGGGCGCUAAGGAGGAGGCCGAUAAGGAGGAGAAGCCGGAGGCCGAUAAGGAGGCCGCCGGCGCCGAAGGCCAUGACGCCGGCGCCGAAGGCAAUGUCGCGGAGGCCGAUACGGAGGAGAAGCCGGAGGACGAGGCUGCCGACGGCAAAGAAAACGCGGAUGACAAUCGCGUGAAGAUCGCCACCCAGAUCUGA